CACAUAUACAGGAUUCAAACGACUUUGUGGUCCAUUCAUUCGUCAUAGACACAUGGACAGAGCAGUACACGCAUCAAUGGCUUAUCUAUCCGCAGACACGCAUGAAGGUGCAAUUGGUAGCUACAGUGGCGGCCCCCCACCCCCGGCCCCCCCUACGGAAUAUUGUGCUGCUCUACUGGAGGGCCGUGAGGGUUUGGUCUCGUACUGGAUGACGUUGAUGUCCAGCAGCGCCUGCAAGUCACCUUCGAGAGCCGAUAUCUGCGUCUGUAGCGACCCGAUCUCCAUCAUAGUGGUGGCCGGACGGGGCGGCUUGUCCAAUGUCAGUUGCUGCACACAUGGACAAAGGGGAGACAGGUAGAUGGACAGGAGGCAAAUAGAGUGUCUUUGUGAGUGUGCCCCUCCUUGUCCCACACUGACCUGCGCGUCUACGAGCCCGGCGAGGAACAUUUCUGGCACUCCUUCAUGUCCGGCACGGCAGACGGGCCUCACGUCCUCGACGGACAGCUCGUCCUUCUCUGUUGUCACUGUCUGCCGAGGGAGGAAGACAGCCAGACAGACACACACACAGAAAGACACACAGGCAGACAGACAGACAGACAGGCAAAUCGAUCAAUUGCCCCCGUGUUCGGUUGCAUCGCACUUAUUCACUGACUGACCUGGAGGACGGUGUGCCAUAGUCUCUCUUGGUCGACCAUCUCGAGCACCUCCUUCAUCUCACGAGCCUUCUUGUUCAACUGCAGCUGCAGAGAGGAUGCAGGGACAGACACACAUCGACAGUCGACAGUUGGGUGGAGACAUCGAUACGAUUACACACUGAUUGAUUGAUGUAUUCUUACGAUUUUCUUUUCGGUCUCGUGGUUUCUUGGCGUGAAGCAGCAGCAGAGCUUCGACCUGAGGAAGAGCAGCCAGUCGUUCUCCUUGUCCUCCACAUGGUCCCGCUCCAACUCGUCCAUUCUCUUGGUCCGGCUCUGAUUACACACACGCACACACACGAUGGCUGCCUCUCUCUCUCUCUGUGCGUGUGUGUGUGUGUGUCUCUCUCUCUCUCACCUGCACGAAGGCGUACGAGUCAGUGAGUAUGGCAAUGAACAUGUUGAGCAGCACAAGCGUGACGAUGCCGAUCCACGCCGUCACAUACAAUGGCGUGGCGCCGGGCGAGGCGUUCUUGAGCGUCUCGUACUCGAUGCCCUCCGUCAGCGUCCUCAGCAGGUACCCGAAGGCCACGUUCCAGGUGCGGAACUCAAACACCCGGGAGCCAUACAGCCAGUGGCCGGCAAAGGUGAAGGCGAAUGUGAUGAGCACAAAAAUGGCCUGCGUGCACGGGAGAGGGAGAGGAAGAGAGAGAGAGAGAAAGAGAGACUCAGGUCAGGUCACGCAGACCCAUGAGGAGGGCGGGGAAGGGGGGUUGGCUUGCCAUGAAAGGUAUGAUGUUUCCCAUUGCGUGCGUGAGUACGUCCCAGAUGAGCAACAUGCGCUGGUUGAGCUGCAGGAACUUGAAGAACUUGACAAACGAAAACACCACAUUCACCGCAGCCAUGUUGGCUGUACCGCACACACACGCAUACGGAGAGCGCGGUGUUUGCUCGUUGUCUUUGUUUGUGUCCCCACCGCCCGCAGCCCACCCAAUCCCACCCACCAGUGAAAGAGAAGACUUGUGUGAGCGUGUACAGGUCCUGGAACUUGUCCACCGACUGUUCCUUGAACGACACACGGUCAGGGCCAAAAGUGCCGAUGUACCGCAGCCUGACAAACAAACGAACAGCCCAACAACCACAACCCCUUCGUCACUCUCCGCUCAUUCCCGCCACCACGUCAUCAUUCGCUCACCAGUAAGCCAUGAUGACGACAAAGAAAGUAAGGUUGGCGAGUUCGACCCAGUUCCAGAACGACUGUGCGUACCGCCAUCCCUCCGUCCUCAUCUCCAUGCCCUCACGCCAGAAGUAGUACAGGAGGGCGAAGAAGAAGACGAGCUCAAGGAAGGCCCGGAAGCCGUCAAUCGACGACGUGUACGGGUACAGACGGGCGCUGAAGAUCUGUCAUGCAUUGCAUAGAUAGAGGAGCAAAGAGUGACUGAUUGCAUUGCAAGUGUGUGUCUCGCCUAGCCGUGUCUUCCUUCCUGUGCAUGUCAAGGUAAGGUACCUCAAUGGACGGUAUGAAGAGCCCCCCCGGUCUGAUGUCGACCUUGAAGCGGGUGACGGUGCUCAUGUCAUAGGCGGGAUUGUACGCUGAGGACCAAGGAGAGAACAAAAGGGCACAAAGCACGACUGCACUGCAUUCCUGCCUCUCUCCCCCUCUCCUUGUCUGUCUUACUGUUCAUUUCGAUUGCGAUGCCGCGAGUAUUCUCGUCGACCCAUCGCUCGGCGACCAAGGUCUGCAGUAUCUCCAGCGUCCGCGUGGCGUUGAUCGGCAGGUCAACGUAGUAGCCCGACUUCUUGUACUGCUUGCCGUCGUCGUGCCGUCCCUCGAAGUAAUUGAGGUCGGUGCUCCAACGAGUGAGAUCAGUGGUGGGGCGGUCCGCGUGCUUGUUGCCUGUCUGAGGACACACACAGAGGACACACACACACACACACACACGUGUGUCGGAGACAUACGACAGACAUCAGAGACAUAUGAGUGAGUGUCUUACGACAGCUGUGGCCGUGCCGUAGUCUCCCCAGCAUGGUCGAGACAGCUCAUGGUUAUCUUCCUCAGUCUUGCAGCUGUCUGGAGUCAAACAGGCAGGCAGGCAGGCAGGCAGCCACAAUGGGGGGACAUUACAUCCACACUUAUACAAAUACAUGCAUGGGGUGUCUGUCUGUCUGUUUUUGGGCUUACCGCGUUCCACCCGUGACUGACGGAGCCUGAUCGCAGUCUGCAGGCGAUUGUACCUGGAUUGCAUUGAAAGGUCCAUUCAGAUACGAAGAAGGGGGGCGCGCGGGCCAGUGAUUCGUGCACCCAUUUGGAUGGGUGAAUGCACUUGUGGACUCGCCUGCCUACCUCAUGACGGGCACAUCUUCGUAUUCGUGUGACCUGUUGCGCGGCUCCCCAUUGUACCACUCACCCUCGAACACAUUCCCUGCGCCACAAGUUGCACAUUGAUCUUCUCCCCUCUCUCUGUCUCUCUCUGCUUCGUGUGCGGGGUGUGUGUGCAGCCGACUGUGUGUGUGUGCGCGUCUCUCUGUGUUUGUCUCAUUCACCGUAGAAGACCUCGAACAUCCAGACCCAGAAGUCCCCAUAAUUGGCCAUGUCGAAAAACUGCACCGCACACAAUCAAUCAAUCGGAACCCAAGAUUUCCUUUCUCUCUCUGUUUCUGGAUGAGUAUACACCUACCGUCUUCUCAAAUCGCGGGCUGUCCAUGUCGUCCUUUGCAAUGCCCUCUGCGUUCAUCCAACACACACACAAACACCCUUCGCCCCUCUUUCGCUCUCUCUCCCCUUUCUGCCUGUCUGUCUGUCUGUCUGGCCGCCUGACCGACCUAUGAUUGCGUUUUGUAUUUGGAAGGUCUGGUCGACCGGCCGUAUGAGCAUGGUGAUGGUCACGAAUAUGGCGAGGAAGGUCGUGUAGAGCAGCCCCGAGUAGAACAGGCUGUUCCGCUUGGCCUUCUUGAACGAGUAUAUAACGCCGCCCAGCGGGAUGCCGCCUGCGGUGGCUGCCUGCAUCUCCGUAUCCUCCUCAUCGGCGUCGGGCUCAACGGGAGAAUGGCGGUCAGUCAUCGUGAUUUGUUGUGUUUGCGCGCUUUUGGGGGGCUUGGAGCUGAGCUCGCCGGCAAGGGAUCCGCGCGACAU